AUGGAGAUGGAUGCUGCGUUUGCCAAUCUAUUUGGCACGCAGGGUGAAGCCGCUGUUCUUGCCUGUGAUGAACUCGGCCUCGUCCCACGCGAUGUGAUGCACCGGCCGAAAAAAUCAUUCGAAGGUCAAAACGACAGUACGGCGGCGGUGCUCGUGCGGUACACAUUAACUGAACGCGCACGCCAAAACAACAUUCGGAAGAUUUUAGCUGUAAAGAAUCGUCUCAUUGUGGAAGGCGGCGUACAUGAAAAAUGGAAGGCGCGUUGUAAACAAUUCCCUGAUGCCCCGGGGGUGCCAAAAGUACCAAAGGCAUUACUGGAAAAGGCAUUAGCGGAACUCGACACCGAGAGCAGUGAUGAUGAUGGUAUUGAUGAACGUGGCUUAAAAAGACCACAGCCGCAGUAUGGUGUAGAUGGAAAGAAUGAUGGGAUUGCCGAUGGGAAUGAAUUAACUGUUGGUCCAACAGGAGGACCCUCCGUAGCCCGUGAGUUAUCCGUCGACUCCACACCGAGGCCAAGUGUGGCCUCCACCACAGCUCCACACCCACUAACACCUGCACGUCCACCAGGAGUAAUCAUAGCAACCAGAACAGAAGCAGCAACAUCAGCAUCAAAGCAGCGUAAAAGACGACAUCAACACAAACGAUAUGUAAAAAAAUAUUUACAAAAUCAUUCUAUUAAUAGUGCUUCUCCAGCUGCAGAUGGUAGUUCGGAUCUCAAUGUCUCCUCUGACGAGGAUGUUGAAGUAGUACCGCGGUAUCCUAAACCACCUCCGGAUCCACCUUAUUUACCUCCAGUACCAUAUCCUCAACGAAGUACUGCCACAUUGAAAAAGGAAUUAGAAGAAUUAGACGAGUAUCGUCUUUUUCUAUUACGGUAUGCGCAUGAUAGUGCAGCCAUGGCGGAAGAAUACAAUAACUUCACUACUAUGCUAAAACAAGAACAGAAGGAAAGGGAAGAGAGGGAUGAAGUAGAACCAUCUGUGACGAUUCCUUUUAAUAAGUUGAAUGAUCGACCAGAGAGUGAAAAUAAUCCAAGUCCUGAUAUAGAGAAAAAUAGUGAUAAACCCCAAAAAACACCCCGUGAAAAGGUGGUUCUUCCAAUGACACCGCAUGAACGUCAACUUGCUGCUUAUGUUCGCCUUGCAAAGUUAGAAGUUCGUCGCAAUCGUACUAAUUUUAAAAAAUGGAAUGGAUUUUUAGAAGAAAUGGAAGGUAUUGAGCCUACGGGAACUAUUGCAGCAGAUUUGCGGGCCCGUUGUAACAUUAACGUUUUUCCUACCUUUGAGGAAUAUGUACAAUCUGUAAGAGAUCGGGCUCAUAGGCGGGAAAGAAGAUUAUACCAAGAACAAAAAGCGCAGAAGAAACUUGGUGCUUUCUGUGAAGCAAAAGACCGACGCACCGAAAAGAAUAUGGAGAAGUUAAAGAAUGAGCACAAUGACCUUUACGUGGAAGCGCGCCUCGUUCAGCGGGAAAUCAUGAAAAAAAAUCAAGAACAUGAGAAUCGCCGCCAAGAUAUGAGACAGCAGCGCUAUCGAAUGCAGUUAGCAAAAAAAGAAAAGCAUGCAGAGGAGUACCACAAAAACCUCAUUCUUAGUGCUAAAAACAAACGUUUUGAGCACGAUCAUGAAGAAAUGCUCAGACAAUCCCUAAAGAACAGAGUUCAGGAAAUGGAUAUGAGGAAAAAGUGGGAUCUGAAGUCUGUUACCUAUUAG